AUGUCUCAAUCCAAGGCUGGUCGGAGGAGGAGAUCGAGCAGUAUCAUCUACCAGGAGCCGCCGGAAUCCAUCGAGCAUACCAGUGAUCAGGCUGCCCUGCCGAACCUCAAUGCUAACUGGGUCAAUGCCAAGGGUGCCUGGACAAUCCAUUUCGUUCUCAUCAUCGCCUUGAAGAUCUUCUACGACAUCAUUCCUGGCGUCUCGCAGGAGACAUCAUGGACCCUCACAAAUAUCAGCUAUAUGUUCGGCUCCUUCAUCAUGUUUCACUGGGUGCGGGGUAUUCCAUUCGAGUUCAACGCUGGAGCAUACGACAACCUCAACAUGUGGGAGCAAAUUGACAACGGGGACCAGUACACGCCAACAAAGAAGUUCCUCCUUUGUGUCCCCAUCUGUCUCUUCCUGCUUAGCACACAUUACACGCACUACGACUUGACAUACUUCACUAUCAAUUUCCUGGCCACUCUGGGUGUUGUCAUUCCAAAAUUACCAUUUUCACACCGUCUGCGGAUAGGUCUCUUUUCCGACUUAUCGGAUGAGUCGACAUAG